AUGACUAUCCAACGAAUUGAUACCCACGCGCACUUUCUGCCUCCUUCUUACAGACAGGCCUGCAUCGAGGCCGGCUACGGCAAGCCUGAUGGUAUGCCGGCAUUACCGGUGAAUACAAGUCACUCUGCAAUUCAAUUAGACGAGAUGCUAAUCAGAGGAAAGAAUUGGAGUAAAGAUGGCCAUCUGGAGUUUAUGGAGAAGGCAGGCAUUGCAAAGUCCAUCCUGAGCAUCUCAUCUCCUGGAACACAUUUAAUCCCGGACGAUGAUGAUCUCGCCCGACGAGUGACCAGGGAAUGCAAUGAGUUUAGUGCCGAGUUGAAGCGGCAGCAUCCAGACAAGUUUGGCUUCUGGGCGUCUUUGCCCCUACCUGAUGUCAAAGGCAGCCUGGAAGAACUCGCCUACGCUUUUGACGUGCUGAACGCCGAUGGAGUAGCAGUCAAGACGAACAUGCAUGGCGUCUAUAUGGGCGAUCGUGUCCUUGAUCCUGUCUUCGAGGAACUGAAUCACAGACGUGCCACGGUUUUCAUCCAUCCUACCAGCCCGUGCAUUGGCGAUGGUCACACGGCCCACGCUGCAAGCCCGCUGAGCCAUUACCCCAACCCGAUGUUUGAGUUCUUCUUCGAUACUGCGCGGGCCGUUAUCAACAUGUUUAUGACAGGAUUCGUGGAUAGAUUUCCAAAAAUCACAGUCAUCAUAUGUCACGCCGGUGGAGCUCUACCCCCACUUAUCGAGCGUAUGGCCAAUGUUGCCACUGCCGUCUUGGGUCAUCCCAUCGAAUUCAAUACCGAAGCAGUCAAGCACAUCUUUGAACGUCAAUUUUACUUCGAUCUAGCUGGCUACGUAUUUCCAGAUCAAAUCCAUGGCAUUCUAAGAUAUGUAAACGCGAGUCGGUUGUUGUAUGGAACGGAUUAUCCAUUUACACCUGGGAGUGGUGCUCUUGGAAUGAGUCGCAUAAUGGACACAGAGCUGUCACGGGUAUUCCCAGAUGAGGACGAUUGUAACGCAAUUCUCGCUGAAAAUGCAGGGAGGUUGUUAGAAAAGACGAACAGAAUAUAA